UUUUUAUUUCGAGUUUCUGACGGUAUAAAAGAUCGUUUGGCAUCGUACAUCCGGAUCAUUCAAUCGCAAUGUGGCUAACGACGACUCUAAUAAUUUCCGUCGGACUUUCGGCCUGCUCGGCCUUUCCGAGCCACGUGAUCCCAGCCCCUGUGUCCGGGAGGAUCGUGAACGGGACGACCGCCAAACCGGGAGAAAGACCGUUUCAGGUAUCACUGCAACGGCUGAGCCGUUUUCACUUCUGCGGAGGAUCCGUUCUGAACGCGAAUUACGUCAUAACGGCAGGACACUGCGUCGAAGGAGAGAGCGCGAGGUGGUUGCUCGUUGUUGCCGGAACCAACGACGUAUUCGAUUACGAUCAGGGGAUCGUUAGAUCCGUUCGUCGAAUCAAGAUUCACGAGAAUUACAACGCCGCGGACGCAUGGAGGAACGACAUUGCUCUAUUGGAGCUCGCCGAACCUCUGCUCGAGAUUCCCAACGUCGUACGGUACGUGAAACUUCCGAGCGCGGACCAAAGUCUGAAAACGGGAGACGCCGCCGUGGUUUCCGGAUGGGGGCGAGACAGGAGUGGAGGUCAGAGUCCGAAGUUGCUUCAGAUAGUCACUAUCGAGAUAUCUGAUCAGGAUUAUUGCAAAAGAAUAUACGUCGCGGAGGCAGGAUUGGAAGUUAGCGACUCGCAGGUCUGCGCGGACGUUCCGGAGGGAGGAAAAGGAUCCUGUCAAGGUGACUCCGGAGGACCUUUGACCGUUAAUGACGAACUAACAGGUCUCGUCUCUUGGGCGGCUGGAUGCGCGCAAAGGGGAUAUCCCACUGUUUUCACCAGAGUAGCUGAAUUUCUGGAUUGGAUCGCGGAAAAUGCGGUAUAAAUGACACGAGAAGAGAAUCAGCAAAAAUUGUUCAGGAGUAAAAAAAAGGCGCAAUAAAAUUUAAAUACCU